CGUUGACGUUCGCGUGCGGGCCCGUGGGGUACGCGUGGAGCGCGUGCGCGCGAAAAGUGUUGGCGCGCGAAACGCGAAGACGAUGACGGCGCGCGCGAGCGCGCUCGGCGCGGCGUACGCGUGCGCGGCGGCGCUUUGCGGGAUGAUGAUCGUGUGGAUCGCGCGCGCGCCGGGGAGCUGCGCGCCGGCGUACCUGAGCGCGAUGAAGGAUGCGUCGUUUCGCGAGGCGAGCGACCGCGCGGUGCCGAGAACGUUGUUGACAAAGUAUCAGACGAAUUUCGCGGUGUGCGCGACGCACGUGCUGCCGGCGAGCGCGUGGUGCGCGAUCGCGCCGUUUCAAAUUCACCCGACGGCGCGAAAGCGGUUUCCGAAGGCACACCGAAUCGCGGGGCGAGUGUUCUUCGCGUUGUCGGCGGCGAUGACGUACGGGUACGGCGUCAUUCACGCGCGAGAUUUACACUUUCACGCGAACGAUUUCCCAUCGCUCAAACGCGAGGAAUGCGUGUCAUUUUGGUUUGAUUACGGCAAGAUUCCAGGAUUGUCGUUCGUGCGCAUCGAGCAUCUCGGUGCGGCGUGGUUCGCGUUCACCGCGUGCGCGGCGUACGCCGCCGUCGCGUUUCCGCCGCGAAAUUUCGCCGCGCACCGCGCGUGGACGUGGCGUCACGUCGCCGCCGGUCUCUCCGUCGCCCUCCAGCGCGUCUUCAUCGCGCUCCACCACGUCUACUUCAACGCCGCGCACGGAUUCGGCCACGCCCACGGCGUGCCAGAGCUCCAGAAGCCCAUCUUCGCGGACUCUUUAAUCUUCGGCGUCGUCGUCGCCGUCGUCGCGUGCGAAUCGUGCGUCGCGCUCGCGCGUCCGCCGCGCGACCGGGCGAAAAAGUCUUGA